AUGGACAACCCGAACGUUUUUAACACCGACCCAGAGCCGGCAGCAGAAAACGGAAGUGGAGUGGUACCUGCCUCCCGAAGGACUCUCCACCAGAACAUCCUAGGAAAACUGCGACCGUUGCCUUUGCAAUAUCACUGGACAGUCUGGUACGAAAAGCAUUCUGAGUCUGCAAAUUACGACGAGAGGCUGUACAUUCUUCACGAAGAUGUUGCGGACAUUGGAACAUUCUACAGAGUCUACAAUAACUACCCCUGGCACAAGGUCAAGCUGCGGGAUACUGUUCACAUUUUCCGCAAGGGUACAAAGCCAGUGUGGGAAGACCCGGAGAACCAAAAGGGAGGGCGUUGGACGUUUCGCGUGCCAAAGGCGAAAAGCCAGGCUUUUUUUCACGAAGUUGCAAUUCUCUGCAUGGCCAAUGAAUUCCAGGCAGCCCUUGAAGCUGAGCACGACCAUGUCCUCGGAGUGUCCACUUCAGUGCGCUUUAACUCGCAUCUGAUCUCCGUAUGGAACAAGUUAGGCUCGAAUCCAAAGGCGAUCAAAGCUCUCGAAGAUACCGUCCUAGAACGCCUUUCGCCGGACCUGCGUCCAUCAUCAACUCAAUCGUAUUUCUAUAAACGCCAUGAUGAGCACGAAGGCUUCAAAGCUGCGGUAGAAGAGAAUGCAGGCGCGACGAGCAGUGGCAAAAGUGGAAAAGGUUCAUGA